UCGGCUGCAGCUGGCAGUGCUGCUGGCGGGCGCGGGCGGCCCGCGGGGCCGGCUAUUAAUACCGCGGCCGCCCAGCCCGGGUCGUGCAGCCAUGGCCAGCCCGGAGCCCCGGCGCGGCGGGGACGGCGCCGCCCAGGCCGCGAGGGAAACAAGAGCAGAGGCCACUUCUCCUCUUCAGGAGGGGAACUCUGAAUCCCUCUAUCAGUUGGGGACCUGGAACCCAGAAGUUACUCUCUCUUUGGAGGGGACCUUGAACUUAGAGGACAUUCUCUACCUGGGGGACCCAGUUGACCUUGACGAGGCCCUGUAUGUGGAGGAGACCGAGAAGCCGGAGGAGACGCUGCAUAUUGAGGAGACCAGGCUGCCGGAUGAGGCCCUGUAUGUGGAAGAGCCCGUGAAGCCGGAGGAGAUGCUGUACGUGGAGGAGACUGUGAAGCCGGAGGAGAUAGUGUGUGUGGAACAGACCAUGAAGCCAGGAGAGACCACAAGCCCAGAGCCGAUCACCUAUGGGGGAGAGACAGUCCCGAGUGAGGAGAAACCUAACCCUGAGGAGAGCCUCAGAGCCAAGCCAAAUCCCAGCACAGAUGGGAGCCUGAGCUUAGAGGACCUGGAGUUGCUGGAGGGGCGUUUCCAGCAGUGUGUCCAAGCUGUGGCCCAGCUGGAAGAGGAGAGGGAUCAGCUCAUCCAUGAGCUCGUGUUGCUCCGGGAACCAGCCCUGCAGGAGGUGCAACAGGUCCACCAGGACAUCCUCGCUGCCUACAAACUGCACGCCCAGGCAGAGCUGGAGAGGGAUGGGCUGCGGGAGGAGAUCCGGCUGGUCAAGCAGAAGCUGUUCAAGGUGACGAAGGAAUGCGUGGCGUACCAGUACCAGCUGGAGUGCCGCCGGCAGGACGUGGCCCAGUUUGCCGAUUUCCGGGAAGUGCUGACGGCCCGGGCAGCCCAGCUCUCGGAGGAACUAGCCCAGCUCCGGGAUGCCUAUCAGAAGCAGAAGGAGCAGUUACGGCAACAGCUCGAAGCACCUCCAAGCCAGAGGGAUGGGCACUUUCUCCAGGAGAGCCGGCGGCUCUCUGCUCGGUUUGAGAACCUCAUGGCAGAGAGCCGUCAGGGCCUGGAGGAGGAGUAUGAGCCUCAGCUACUGCGGCUCCUGGAGAGGAAAGAAGCUGCGGCCAAAGCCCUGCAGAAAACCCAGGCCGAGAUCCAGGAGAUGAAGGAGGCUCUGAGACCACUGCAGGCAGAGGCCCGGCAGCUCCAUCUGCAAAACAGGAACCUGGAGGACCAGAUCACCCUUGUGAGACAAAAACGAGACGAGGAGGUGCAGCAGUACAGGGAACAGCUGGAGGAAAUGGAAGAACGGCAGAGGCAGCUAAAAAGUGGGGUGCAACUCCAGCAACAGAAGAACAAAGAGAUGGAGCAGCUAAGGAUCAGCCUUGCUGAAGAGCUCUCAACUUAUAAGGCUAUGCUACCCAAGAGCCUGGAACGGGCUAGUGCUCCCACUUCUGAGGCGGGUGGAAUUGAGACACAGUCUCAAGGUGAUCCUUGUGGGUACAAGAAUGGUGUUUGCAUUGAAUUGCUGCUUUCCUAAUCUAAAAAUACUAAUGCCUUAAAAAAAUACUAAGUGUGUGUCUAAUGACAAAUAAGUCAUUUAGGGAUAACAUAUACCUGCAAAUGCAUUCAGGCUUCAUUUGGAGUGUUUCAAUUUCUAGCAGGACUUAAAGUUUGCCUGAAUUAUCAUCAGGAAGUCUAGAACAGGAUACAACAUCUAGGUUCUGUGCAUUUCUACUUUCCUCAUCCUACCUGACCCCAUCUGCUAACUCAGUUAUGCUGCCUGAUUCAGACUAUGACAAAAAAGGCUAAAUUAAACUGUUAACAGUUGUGUCAGAAGCUGAAGAGGGUGUUGUUUAUAGACUAAAGGUACAUAACUGUUGCUUACUUUGCUAAACAAGCAACACUUAUCCACUAAUUUCUUUACUUAACAGUAUGUUCUCUAUUCUUCAUAUUCUCCUGGAUAAAGAAACUAAGGAUUAAAAAAGGUCUGUCAAGUUCAAUACUAGAUCAAUGUCCCUAAUUUUUUUAUGGCCGCACCCCAGCAUAUGUAAAUUCCCAAGCCAUUGCAGUCAGAUUUUUCUUUUCUGAUCCCAUUGCACCACAGUGGGAACUCCUUGCAGUUGGAUUCUUAACCCACUGCACCACAGCGGUAACUCCCAAAUGUCCAUAAUUUUUAAUUCCCUAAGUAAUCCUACAUCCUAGAUACAAAUUCACAAAUAAUUAUUAUAACUGGUACUUCCCCUAACUUCCUAGGGUUUUGUUUUAAUUUUUAUUUGCUAGCCACACCUGCAGCCUAUCCAAGUUUCCAGGCCAGGGAUCAAAUCCUAGCAGCAGCUGAGACCUAUGCCAAGCUGUGGCAAAGCUGAAUCUUUAACACACUGUGCCAGGCCAGGGAUCAAACUUGCACAGCCCCAGAGACAAUGCCAAAUCCCUAACCUGCUGAGCCACAGUGGUAACUUGUUUUUCUUUUUUUUGAUUUCUGUUUUCUAGGGCUGCACCCAUGGCAUAUGGAAGUUCCCUGGGUAGGGGUCGAAUUAGAGCUGCAUCUUCAACCUAUGCCACAGCUCAUAGCAACACCAGAUCUUUAAUCCACUGAGCAAGGUUAGGGAUAGAACCCUGCAUCCUCAUGGAUACUAGUCAGGUUCUUAACCUGAUGAGCCACAACAUUAACUCCCUCCUGUUUUAUCUAGGCAUAACUGACUACACUUAUUGUUUGGGAGAUUUCCAGAACAUUGUAAUUGAAGAAAAUGAUGUUAAACACUUCUGCACAGAUCAGAUUUAAAGUACAAGGGGGGAAUUCCCUUGUGGCUCAGCAGGUUAAGGAUUGUUUUGACACUGCCAAUGCUUGGGUAACUGCUAUGGUACAGGUUCAAGCCCUAGCCUGGGAACUUCCCUAUACCUCAGAUGUGGCCAAGGAAAAAAAAAAAAAAGACAAACGAUUAACCCGAAGAACUAUAGAAUUCUAGGCCUUAUAAUAUCUGUGUGAGGUUAAUGUGGGCAUAGAAAAUUUUUAGAUAGUCCCUCCCAUCAUUAUUACACAGGUCACCAUUCAUUCUGUUUUACAAAUAGGAGGCACCCAAUUAUUUGCUAGGGGAAAGUCUUCCCUGAUUAGAUAUAAAUCACACUCUUGGCAAUCUGUCCCCAGCAUAGCCUGAACUAAGCUUCCAAAGUUUUGUUGAAAACUUUAUAUUGUAUUAUUUCAGUUGCAGAAAGUUUAAACUUAUAUCUUUUUCUCUCUCAACUUUACAGGGGCUGUUUAGAAAUGUACGGUCGAAUCUGUAACCAAGAAACAACCCAAAAAAACUUAGCAAAGGAUCACUAAGUACCUUUUGGACAAUCUUUUUUUCCAAACAGAAGGGAGUGCCAGGGACUUGGCAAGCACUUCACCCUGGGAAAACACUGGCUGACCUGUUUAAAAAAGAUUCUGGAGGCAGAAUACUAUCAGUCAACUCUUAGCUGGAUUCUAUUUCAAUGGCUGCUGGUACUGAUCUCAAUGCACUGAGGAAUGGCAAAGUGAGUCUCCCAUCACCCAGCAGCAACCUUCCAUAUGUACAAUAAGUAGAGGAUGAAUGUACAGACAUACCUUCAGUGCUGUGAAGAAUGUACCUUGUCUUGGGUUGACCCAAACCAAAAGCUUUUUUUGGAACACAGGUGGGAUCUUUAAAAAAAGGCAGCCAGUUUUCAUUACAGUUGACCCUUGAACAACAUGGGGAUUAACUUGCAUAUAUCCAAGGUUGCUCCAUAUCUGUGGAUUCAACCAACCACUAGAAUAGUACUGUGGUGUUUACUAUUGAAAAGUAUCUGUGGACCUGCACAGUUCUAACCCUCGUUUUCAAGGGUCCACUGUAUUUGGGUUUACAGUUUGAAUUCUUUUGUGCCAUGAGAGUUAAGAGUUUAAAUGAAUCCUUUUACAAAGUUAAUUUUUCUUUAAGUCUGUGCUGAUUCGUGUGGAUUUACUCUUGUAUAAAGGUAAUUUUCACUAUACUCUAAAAGAACUACAGACUUAGAAAAACAACAACAACAAACCCAAUCGAGAUUUCCCUAAGGAUCUUACUCAUGAAAAUGAUUCUGGGUCAGAGUGAUGUACUCAGUUAAAUUGGGUGAAUGGCAAAGAACCAGCCAUUUUAUCUAGAUACGGCACCUGGCUUUAAAGAGCCUAUUUUUCUAACCUCUAAGUACAGGCCCCAGUGAAAAACAUACUGGGGAGAUUCAACCUCUCUAUGAGAAAAGGUCAAACACCUUUUCCAAAUUUAAUAUUGCCUUAAAUUCUGCCACACUGCCUUUGAUAUUCUUGAAAGUCCAUGUAGUUCUCUAGAGAUAGACUUCAAAAAGAUGAUAUUUUAUCAAAGACUAAUCUGUGCACCUCUGAUUCAGUGUUUUAUGUCUUUCACUUUCCCUGGAGUAAAGCUCUUUUCUAUACUUCUGAGUCUAUUAUAUUUAAUUCUGUUCUUGGUAGUCAAAGAGCACAGGAAAUAAAUGUCAUCUGAACAACUCUUUUAGAAGCCACAGAUGUGUUUGAUGGAUGUUAUACAUUAAAUAAAACCCAUCAGCAUGGGGUUAUGUAGAAAAGCAAUUUAUUCCAUUAUAAGCACUUACACAGUUAGUCAUGGAGAUUAACAGGCCUGCUGGUGAAACAGGUCACCCAAAAUAGAGAUGGUAUCAAACUAGUGGUCAAGGACUAACCCCUAAAAAAAAAAAAAA